AUGGCUACUCCUGAGGAAGCCUACAAGCGUAUCAUCCCCCUUGAUUUUGGCUCAGCCAAGUCAGUUCCAGAUUCCUUCGUGUGGGCCCAAGCAUCCGAUGAGGUCCACUCUAGCGACGGGUUAACCAUACCCGUUAUCGACCUCACGGAUCCGAAUGCCCCGCAACUCAUAACGGAGGCAUGUCAGACAUGGGGUAUUCUCCAAUUGAAAGGACAUGGAAUUCCAACUAAGCUUAUGGAGGACAUGGAGUCUGAGUGUGAAAGAUUGUUUAGUCUCCCAACUGACCAAAAAAUGAAGGCCUUAAGAUCUCCAGGCGGGAGUACAGGAUACGGUAUCGUCCCAAUGCAGUCCUUGUUUUCCACCACCAUGUGGCACGAAGGGCUCACCAUCAUGGGGUCUGCAAUUGAUCAUCCUAGGCUGCUUUGGCCUAAUGAUUAUCAAGGAUUUUGUGAUAAAAUAGAUGAUUAUCAGAAGCAAAUGAAGGCCUUGGCAGAGCAGCUGAUGCGCAUCCUCUUCAAAGCUAUGAGCAUUCCUGUAAAAGAAGUCAACUGGUUCGAUGAUCCAACAAACAGCAGCGGCUGCAAUCUGGCUUUACAGCUGAACUCUUACCCUCCAUGCCCUGACCCGACCCGAACCUUGGGCCUUGCACCACACACUGACACUUCCAUAGUAACCCUACUCCAAGCUAAAACCAGCGGCCUCCAAGUCUUCAAAGACGGAGUUGGGUGGGUUGCUGUGAAACCCUUACCCGAUGCCCUCAUUGUACACCUUGGUGAUUUCACCCGCAUUCUAUCCAAUGGUCGAUUCAUCAGUGUUCUUCAUCGUGUGGUGGUGAAACCGAUCCAACGCUACUCAGUUGGAUACUUCUUUAGGCCGCCAAUGGAUUUUGCUGUGUCACCACUUCUGUCAAAGGAUUUGGGUCCGGAACAAGUUCCGCGGUAUCGUUCAGUCACAGCAAAGGAGUAUCUUGAUCUGAAGGCCAAGCAUCUUGAGAAAGCAUUUUCUCUUAUCGAAAAUUAG